AUAAUCAGUUGCAAGAAAUCAUUUAAUGAAUAGAGUCGUUUAAAAAGUUCUUUAAAUGAAUUUUAGUAUAUAUUACUUACUCUUAACAUGGCAUCUUUAUUACGGAAUUUCACUAAUAUCAACACUUGACAUCGGCAAAAAGUCCAAAUGUUCAUUUAAACACACUGUUAAUUUAACAAGUCAUUAUAAAUAUGAAAAUGGUUCUUUUCUGUAUCAAGGAAAAGUAAUACCAACUGAAAUACAAGCUCUCUUUGACUAUGAUGUAGUAUGGGGAAAUAAAAAAUCCGUUCCAUUGCAUGUCAGGGGUUGCGUUUGUGAUAGGUAUCCCUGCCUUAGGCUGUGCUGUGAAAAGGAUGAAUACUUUGAUGAAAUUACCAAAAUCUGUGAAAAAUUGAAUAAGGAUAUAGAAAUGAUUUGGGAAAUGCGAAUAGAAUACUUUUCUGGCAAAUUUAAAAUUGGUAAUAUUUUAAAUGAAUUCAUUAUUGAAAUUGGUUUACCCUGUUUGGAAUCAAUGACUCUAAAGGAAAUCGAAGAUACCACGACAUUGUUUCAGACAGGUUUUUUACAAACGCCAUAUAAUCGUUUUGAAAGUUCCGAAUUCUGUUAUUCACCAUAUUUGACGAAUAAUUUCACUUAUAUAUUAAAACCAUUUACUUGUCUGCCAGACAAGAAUACAUACAGCAAAGGUACAUUUACACUGAUGAAAUUUUUAACGACAUGGAAAAGUUGGACAAAUAUCGAGGUACAAGGUUUUAUAUCGUUACUAUUUUUAAUAUCCACCACACUUUUGUAUUAUUUUCUUAAGGAGUUAAGGAACAAUUUGUGUGGUAAAUUGUAUUUCUGUUAUCUUUAUGGAAUGACAAUGAGUUAUAUUAUUUUUGCCAUUCUUAAUUUAAUGCAUUUUCUAUGGAGUCGUAUAUGGAUUUUUAUAAUUGGUUUCACUGGUUUAGUUAUUCAUACAAUUGCCAUCUUAUGGCUUAAUGUAUUCAGCUACUAUAUUUGGAAAGAUUACAAUAGUAAAACGAACUCUAAUCAGUUUUCCAUAUACUGUGCGGUUGUCGGUUCGAUUGCUUGCCUGUCAUCGUGUUUUAUAGUUUUUGGAAAAAUGUCGAAAAGUUAUCUUGUGGACAGCGCAGGAAUUGUUGAUAAAAUAUUGUGGUGGAAUAAUCAAAAAUGGUUUGCACUUCAAAUUAUUAUUCCAACUUUUUUAAUUUUACUCUUUAAUUGUGUAAAAUUAAUCCAGUUAAUAAUAAUUAUCAAGAAGAGGCGAGACAGUGGGACAUGUAGUAAACAAUUUUUAAAAAAGAAUGCAAUUAUUUCCAUACGUUUAUUUGUAAUAUUGAUUAUUCCUUGGUUCUUUAAAAUCUAUUUACCUUUAAUUGCUGAUGCCAUGCAAGGGGCUUUGAUAUUUUUAUCGUCUAUUUCGAGCAAAGAGAUAUGGAUUUUAUUGAAAAUGAAAUUAAAAACGGUUCGAAUACCUCAUGAAAAUGUUAUCGGUACAGAGACUAUCUGAUUUUGUAUGAAAUGUUCAUAUCCGAUUUAAAGAAAAUAAAAUUAUUUUUAAGUUUAAUUAA